AUGCCUGGUCUACCAGCGAGUAUCGACCUGGAUGAAUGCAUCGCCCAACUGUACAAGAAAAACCUCCUCGCCGAAUCCCUGAUCGAGGCGAUAUGUGCAAAAGCAAAGGAGAUGUUAAUGAAGGAGAGCAAUGUGGUCCAUAUAUCGGCUCCUGUCACUGUUGUUGGCGACAUCCACGGCCAAUUCUUUGACAUGUUGGAAAUCUUUAAGAUUGGGGGCUUUUGUCCAGACACCAACUACCUUUUCCUCGGCGACUACGUAGACCGCGGUCUUUUCAGCGUCGAGACGAUUUCCCUUCUUGUUUGCUUAAAGUUAAGAUACCCCCAGCGCGUCCAUCUCAUUCGAGGCAAUCAUGAAUCACGAGGCGUCACGCAAUCUUACGGCUUCUACACGGAAUGCGCACGAAAAUACGGCAAUGCAAAUGUUUGGCACUAUUUCACCGACAUGUUCGAUUUCCUUACCCUGAGCGUGGUCAUCAAUAACCAGAUCUUCUGUGUUCACGGCGGCCUUUCUCCGUCCAUCCACUCCAUCGACCAGAUCAAAAUCAUUGACAGAUAUCGAGAAAUCCCCCACGAAGGACCCAUGGCGGACUUGGUAUGGUCAGACCCCGAUCCGGAGCGAGACGAGUUUUCGCUUUCGCCGAGAGGAGCUGGAUAUACUUUCGGGGGCGAUGUGGUGAAGAAGUUCCUGCAAGUUAACAGCAUGUCUCAUAUACUGCGUGCCCAUCAACUGUGCCAGGAAGGCUAUCAGAUUUUGUACGACGAUCGCCUUAGCACAGUCUGGAGUGCUCCGAACUAUUGCUAUCGCUGCGGGAAUUUGGCGAGUGUUCUUGAAGUCAGUGAUGCCGGUGAUCGCUACUUCAAUAUCUUUGAUGCAGCACCGGAGAAUGACAUACAUCGAAACGAGCAGCAACAGCAGCAACAACAACAGACGCAGGGAAAAGAUGGUCAAGGUUCUCACAUUGAGUACUUUCUCUAG